CAACAACCCAAACACUCGACAGUCGGUGGUUUUGUGGUUGCCACUUUAGUCUUUGCUCGACUCGCGUUUGGUGCACAAGUCCGUCGGUCGUCGAUCCGAAGUCGUCGUCGCGAUUUUGUUUCAUUCUUGUUUGUGAAAAUUCCCACCCUCCUGUGUGAACCUCGCAAGAGAAUUGCAGCCGAGAGGAGAGGAUCCUUGAAAAAAUACUGUAACCGGUCGUGGCGACCUUGAUCCGAUCAUCCAUCCCCAAGAACCAGAACAACCGGAACAAGUUCGGGAAAAAAGACUCUCCACCACAACCCGUGACCAUGACCAUGGCACACGACCUAGGCUACGAUCUGGAGGAAGCCCUAAAGCGGGAAGGACUGAACCGGAAUGACCUCGUCGCGCUGCGAUCCCCGCCCAUCGAGGGCGUUCCGCUGGACAUCACCGACCGGCUGCUGACCUGCUUUCUGAGCGCGUGCAACCAAAACAUCGACGAAACCCGCAAGGUCAUCAAGAUCUUCUACGACGCCCGGCGGGACGGCCCCGAGCUGUUCAACGAUCGGGACCCGUUCAGCCCGAAGAUCCGCCAGUGCUUCCAGAAUCAAGACUACUUUCCACUUCCUCCGACUCCUUCGGGUUAUUCCGUGGUGUACCACAGGCUGAGCAGUCCCAAGGCGUCCAACUACUGCUUUGACGAAGCCGUCAAGACGUACUUUAUGCUGCUGGAGUCGUGCCUCACCACCGACGGUCCUCGACCCGGGCUCAUCUGCCUGUUCGACAUGAGCAACGUGGGUCUGACCCACCUGCUGCGCGUCAAGAUCAGCACAAUCCGCAAGUUCUUCCACUACCUGCAGGACGGGCUUCCGGCCAAGCUGAAAGCCAUCCACGUGCUCAACGCGGUGUCCUUCUUCGACAAAGUUCUCUACAUCAUCAAGCCGUUCAUCCACGCAGAGAUUCUCAAGAUGCUGUUCCUGCACGGUUCGAACGACAGCCUGGAGUCGCUGUACGAGGACUGGAUCCCGCGCAGCUGUUUGCCCUCGGAUUACGGCGGUGAGCUCAAGUCGGUUGCGGACCUGCACCAGGAGCACAUCAAAAAGUUCGAAUCGAUGCGACCUUACUUCCUGGCCGAGGAACGUCAACGGAACGGAAAGGGUGGCGACGACUCGGCACUGAUAGACGGGGCGAGCAAGAAAAUGAAAUCGUUGGACAUAGAUUAGCAUUUUGAAAUUGGUUUCGUUACGCGCGUAGUUGUAGUCGGUGACCUGACGGGUGCGGGUCAGUUUGAGGUGGGAAACAAAAUAAUCAAAACCUUCUAAGCUAAAACAAACGAUGUGAUAAAUAAAUUGGACAGUUCCCCGAAGAACUGAUUGUUGCAGAGCACAAAACAAACAAAUAACGUACGAUGGGUGGUGAGGGGUAAUUGUUUAAUAAACUGUGACAUAAUUAUUAUUUUAAA